AUCCACCUUUUAAAAAGUCAGAGUGGCGGGUAAUAAGUGGAGGGGAAGAAUGUUUCUGUCUCUUCCUACGUUGACUGUCCUUAUUCCGUUGGUCUCGUUAGCAGGGCUGUUAUUCUCGGCCUCCGUGGAAGAAAACUUCCCACAGGGCUGCACUAGCACAACCAGCCCGUGCUUUUACAGUCUGCUCUUGCCGAUUACCAUACCCGUUUAUGUGUUCUUCCACCUUUGGACUUGGAUGGGUAUUAAACUCUUCAGGCAUAAUUAAUACAACCAGAGCCAAGAUGGUAUAUCCUAAUGAUAGGCUUGAGUGUCUGUCUCUGAAAACUCAACUACAUGGAAAUACUGGACACCCACUUAAUGUGCAAGAAAGAUGCUUUGCCUAGCUUCUGUCAGAGGUUUAGGA